GCUGGCGUAGUAGGGGAGCGAGAGGUGGAGAGCCACAGUACAGGGAAGAAAAGAGAAGGGUGGAGAGAGAAUAGCCUCUUCUGUAAAAUAAGCUUCAAUGAGAGAGAGAGAAAGCGAGGGAGGGUCACUGUACAGAGAAAAAGAGGGAGUGCAAGUGAUGCAGAGCAGCACCGUGGGGACCCUUAAGUAAACUGCCGGUGAGGAAAUAUUAAUGACCCUUACAGCGCUCACUGUGCAUCGUCCCACUGGUGAUCGGAGCCUAGGCGCCGGAGAAGCCCUGAGAAAGGUGUCACAUUAAGAGUAGCCCUGGGGUGCUCUCCACAAAGCGCUCCCGCCACCAACACAACCACUCUCACACUUAGAUCAGGGGCACGCCGGGGAACGUAGCCACACAGUGGACUGGAGGACAGAAGAGGAGAGCCCGGAGAGCGGAACAAGAAGGAUUACACCCCGAAGAAGAGUCCAUUCCCCUCGCGACCCCUGACCCCCUGUGCCACCAUGAGCAGCUGCAGGAAGAGGUGCAAGAGGGAGAUGUUUAAAUUCGCUCAGUACCUGUAUAGACUUGUCACGGGCACGCUUCAUGCAGACAGCGUGGAAGAUGAGUUGGAGCUGUCGGCCGUCCGCCAUCGCCCCGAGGGUCUGGAGCAACUGGAGGCUUUGACCCGCUUCAACCGCAAGGAGCUGCAGAUCCUCUACCGAGGCUUCAAGAACGAGUGCCCUAGUGGUGUGGUCAACGAAGACACCUUCAAAGACAUCUACUCCCAGUUCUUUCCACAGGGAGACGCUUCGACAUAUGCACAUUUUCUGUUCAACGCGUUUGACACGGAUAAAGAUGGAUCUGUGAGUUUUGAGGACUUUGUCAUGGGCCUCUCUAUCCUGCUCCGAGGCUCAGUCCAGGAGAAGCUCAACUGGGCCUUUAAUCUGUAUGAUAUUAAUAAGGAUGGCUAUAUUACUAAGGAGGAAAUGCUUGACAUCAUGAAGGCCAUCUAUGACAUGAUGGGGAAAUGCACAUAUCCCCUACUCAAAGACGAUACGCCUCGGCAACACGUGGAGAUAUUUUUUCAGAAGAUGGAUAAAAACAAGGAUGGAGUUGUAACCAUAGAUGAGUUUAUUGACUGCUGCCAAAAUGAUGAGAACAUCAUGAGAUCGAUGCAGCUCUUUGAUAACGUCAUUUAACUUGUGGCUGACGUGGAGAGCUCUGGACCGGACUAUCGACAGACGCUAUUCUAUCAACUGUACGCUGUUCAGACAAACAGAAGGAAGUAUUGUCACACGGCAAAUACAGUAUAGAUGUAACGGUAUGAAACAUUCUGGAAUAACUGCAAAAAAAGCAUUGAUGUUUUCCAAUCUUACCUUUUUCAAUUUGAGUUUUGUGGUUUGAUUGAGUAAAUUGAACUCUUCAAACCUGCGCAGUCAGUAUUUAUCUGCAGUACAGGAAACCCAGCUGUGUUAGAUUUUGCCACUGCCUUUGAACAGAUGGACAACAACGAGUUUGAAAGGUGAGCGGUUUUCCACCCACCAUGGUCCAUCCUUUGCUCUCCCAGGACCCAGAUAAAAUGUAGACUUAACAUUGUACCAUUUCAAAAAAUAUAUAUGUAUAUACUAUCUGAGGACUGUUCAACUUUGUUCAUGUUUUACUUGCCAACUAGAAUGAGACAAUGCACUCCACAUUGCAUUUGAUGAGUCUGGACAGUAUCCUUAGAAGCACACAGGUUGGUGUUACUUACCUUGGGUCAUCUUGUCACAAGAUUAUGCUGCUUCUAAAUGUAUUUUGUGACCCUACAUGUGUGUAUUUCCCUGUUUUGAGAUGUUUCCUGUCGACAUGUUUCCAUUCAUGUUUCGAAUCACUAUUUUGUGGUAUGUUUGAUUUUAUUUAUAUAAUAUGGUAGUCAGUGUACAAAGGGAUAGUCAGGUGUUCAAUAUUAAGCAGAAGCUAAUUCUUGGGGUGAAUUUACGGUCUUCUUGGGUAUGUAAUGUAUAUUGAUCACUGUCUUAUAAAGAGGAUCACUGGGA